UUCAAAAGAAUCAACCCUCAAAGAAUGAUGAAUAUUGAUGUAGACUUCAAUAGAAUUACAUGAUGUAUACCUUCAAUUUGGUUUACUAAAUCCUUCUCUACCUUGUUGCACCCAUGAUGUGUUAAUCAAUCAUAUCUCUAUAAGGUUAUAUAUAUAUACACACAUAUCUCCUCUCCAUGAGUAUAAAUCAAUAUAUGUCACACUAUUUGAGUUUCAGACAUAUAUAGUUUGGAUAUAGGAGAAGGCUUGGAUUACCUUUUACCUGACUAACUUGCUCCAUUUUUUAUUUCCCUUCUAUUUGAUUGUCUAAGAGGAAGACCUAAAGUUGAAGAGAUGACCAUGGCUGAACACCAUCCGUUGAUAUUUACCUUCGGCGUUCUUGGCAACAUCAUCUCCAUCUUGAUGUUUCUUUCACCUAUGUUUACAUUUAUUCGUGUUUACAAAAAGAAAUCAACAGAAGGGUUCCAAUCAAUUCCAUAUGUGGUCGCACUAUUCAGUUGCAUGCUUUGGAUUUACUAUGCCAUGCUGAAAUCCGGCGAUUAUCUUCUUCUCAGCAUCAACUCUUUCGGUUGUCUUGUACAAACCAUCUACAUUGUUCUGUUCAUUUUCUAUGCAGAGAAGAAAGCUAAGCUAUUAUUUCUAAUGAACUUUGCGGGAUUCUUGGCGAUCGUUGCUCUCACACGUUUCUUUGCUAAAGGAUCUAGCCGGCUGCACAUUGUGGGAUGGUUUUGCGUUGCAGUUUCAGCUGUUCUGUUUGCUGCACCUUUAAGCGUAAUAAGGCUGGUCGUACGCACCAAAAGUGUGGAGUUCAUGCCAUUCACCUUAUCACUUUUCCUCACUUUGAGUGCUAUUAUGUGGCUGCUCUACGGAGUCCUAUUAAAGGACUUGUACAUUGCGCUUCCGAACAUUUUCGGACUCGUCUUCGGGGCAAUACAAAUGGUACUCUAUGUAAUUUACAGGGACGGCAAGAAAGUUAUAGAGCUGCCGGAAAAGAUUGAUAUGGAUAGCCCAAUCAAGACAUUUGAGGUGCAUGCAGCAGUAGUCUCGCUGCCUAUUCCUGACGACAAUUAUCAAGUGAAUAAAGAGGAUAAUCCAAACGAACAAAGAAAACCCAAUGCCGACAGCACUGAGUCCCUCAAUCAAGAGCAGUUCACAGUCGAUGAAGUUACUGCUUAAACUUUCUUUUACUUGUCUGAUUUGUAUUUUAUCUACUACUUCUAUCCAGUCUGUAAACAUUAAUUGCAUAUGGCUAUAUACCAGCCUCAUAGUCCUUUCUUUUGUACUGUGAAUGGAAGCCUAGAUAAUGGCAUGCCCUUUCUUUUC